UUUGUGGUCUAGGCGGGGAAACGUGUGUACACCUGCCCUUCGAGUUUGAUAGAAAGUUAUUUCAGUGGAUGUAUGUUGGAAAAUAACGACACUUGCAUGUGCCAGAGUAAAUUGUGCAAUGUCUCUGGACUCUGUGAGCCGCGUUGAAGAUGAAGUAGGCUACUUACGUAGGCUAAUAUUUUGAUCUUUCAAACUAGGAGUUUCGACCAAUCCCAUGUCUGCAAUACGCAAUGACCUUUUUGUAAUUAUAUCCAAAAACUGUUUGUUUAACAUGGACGAUGGACGCUCCAGAGCGGACAGUGGCAAUCGGAGGGGCGGGUAAGGGUGGCGGAGAAGACCCCGGGAAGUCGCCCGAGCAGGAAGAGGGGGCGCAGCCCCCGGUUCUGCACGGAGCGGGCCAUUGCAAAUGGUUCAAUGUGCGGAUGGGGUUCGGAUUUAUAUCAAUGACCAGCCGCGGGGGAAGUCCGGUGGAUCCCCCUUUGGAUGUGUUCGUACACCAAAGCAAGCUUUUCAUGGAGGGGUUCCGCAGUCUGAAAGAGGGGGAGCCCGUGGAGUUCACCUUUAAGAAGUCCUCCAAGGGCCUGGAGUCACUUCGGGUAACGGGCCCUGGGGGCGGACCCUGCGCAGGGAGUGAGAGGAGACCUAAAGGGAAGACCAUGUUGCAGAAACGAAAACCAAAGGGAGACCGAUGCUACAACUGUGGCGGCCUGGACCACCAUGCCAAGGAGUGCAGCCUUCCACCGCAGCCAAAGAAAUGCCAUUACUGCCAGAGUAUUGCCCACAUGGUGGCGCACUGCCCCCACAAGACUCUCACCCCCCCUCCACCCUCCACCAGCUCUCAGGGAAGAUUAGGCACAGACCUGCAGGCCUCUACCUCCGCUGCUGCCCUCCCCCCGUACCCCCAAGAAUCCGGGGACGGGCAUGGACGCUCAUCACAGGAAGUCUCUCCGAACAGCAAGGCGUCCGGCUCCCCCGAAGAUCCCGCACGGAAAGGGCCCUCGGUCCAGAAGAGGAAAAAGACCUGAUCGCCUGAAUCCCACCCCCCUUCCCCCACCCAAAAUAAUCACCUCACGCCUGUCUGUCCCUACCUGGCACCCAGCAUCUACCUCAUACUCACGCAAGUACAGGGUGAAGAGUCACCCCAUUAUGUGCAGCUACAGCUCUCCGCUCCAACACAAAGAAGCUCGACACCGACUACUGUCUUAAAGACUGUGAAUUUGUCUGAAAGAAUCCAGGCAGUCACCGCAAAAAGCUUCCUCGAGGAUUUAGACGCACAACGAUAUUGUUCUUUUCUUUUUGCCUUUUUUGUUGUUUCUUUUUUUUUGUGUUUGUUUUUAACGUGUACCUCAUCAUGGAUUCAGCCAUGUCACCUUCACCCCACUGGUUUUGCAUUCCAAACGAUCCCAACGUUAAUUGCUUUCCAAACGAGCCCGUUUCCAUGCUCUAAUGGACAAUUAUUUUUUAAAAACUUUUGUUUUUUUUAUACUGGUCAUUUCAGGCCUUCCCUCUUUGUAGGGCUAACCCAAUCAGAAAAAAAAACCAAAGGAUACUUUGUAUUUGGUACCUUCAUCGCGUGUGGGGAGGACAAGCUGUGUGUGCCCUAAUGACGGCAAUGCCUCCUCCCAGCUUGGAUCCCCCUUCAGACACCCAGAAAACUCUCCCAGGUCGCUCCGAUGGAAUCCAUGCGCACAAGAGAGCCCUGCUUGCUGGGUUUCAUGAGUAAUCUGUCAAACUUAAACUCUAAUACUGAGGUUGGGUGUUCGAACAAUGUUUGAGCAUGCUUGUACUGGAAGCUCAAGUCUGAUCCUGUUGCAAAUACAAACACAGCGAGCAAGAGAUUGGGACCAUCCACCCACCCUUCCCCACAGAAAGACCCCAUUCUGUCAGAAUGGAAGUUUACACCUAGCUUGUGUUAUCCUAGUUAACCAGUAAUUAGCAGUGUAAAACAACUAAUAUUUGUGGCUAGUUUGAUUUGAACUGCAAAAAGGAAAAAAAGCCCUUUUUAUUAAUAUAGACACCAUGGGUGAUUGGCUGUUAAGUAAAACUGUGUUGCAGUUGUAAAUAAUUAAUUUAAUUUCUGAAUAUAUGUAUAUUAAUAUAUCUACAAAAGUACCUUUAAUUUUUAAGCAUAUCAGAUGUACCAAUAUUUACAUUUCUGUAUUAGAGGGAGCAUGGUUUGACAUGCCAGAAUUCCAUCGUCAGUAAGCAAAGUUUUGCCAGUGCACAUUUUACCUCAGUUUUACCUACCUACAGCAUAUUUACCUCUUUUACAUGCCUUAAGCACAUCCUUACCUUUCACUCGGUCCAGCCUUGUUACAGCACAUCUGGGCCCGUCACCUCAAUCCCCACCACACCUUUCUGACCGUACUACACAUUUAUCUUAGUUUUACUUGCCGACAGCACACUUUCACCUGUUUGCCAGGAAAAUGAAAUGCUGCUGCUUGUGUUUUCAACAGUAAAGAUUUGUGGAAAUGAGGAAUAACAAGGGUGUAGGUUCAUGUAGGAUGACACUUGAAUUCUCUUAAGGUUUUCUCAAUAGCUUACCAAUGAUGUAAGAACUCUGCUCUGACGAUAUUGAAUGUGAAACUUAUCGUAUCGAAAAGUGAGUCAUCACAAUAUCAGAAGAUGGACCGCUUUUUUGAAAAAACUAAUGUGUGUUGACAAAUCAAAUGACUUCUUAUAUUAUAAUGUGAUUGAAAAGACGACCAAUUAUUUUUGGUAUAAGACUUGCAGUUCAGUUUUGAGAUUCUAUACCAAAGUUUAUUGGCUUUGUUGAAGGAAUGAAGUAUAUGGUAAUCCCUGUUACUCACAAAAGACAGAAUGCAGAAUGUUCAACACUGAGAUUUUUUGUAAUGCAGCUGUUGAAUGUGUGUGUGUAAGCGUUGUGCAUGCUUGUGUGUGUGUGUGUGUGUGUGUGUGUGUGUGUAAGCAUUGUGCAUGCUUGUGUGUGUGUGUGUGUGUGUGUGUGUGUGUGUUUGUAAGCGUUGUAUUCAAUCCACAAGUGUACAACAAAAUCACACAAAUGACAGCACAAACCAAACACAAUCCCUGACUGUGGCUUAGACAUUUUUGUAUGAUGUAUUUUUACCCACAAUGCAUCUCAGGAUGAACUAUUCUCAGGGAAUUUACCAAAAAAGUGUACUUUUUUCUUUUGGGAAUCGUCUGCAUACAAGCUCUAUGUACUCAAACAAAACAUAGAAUUAGUUUUUAUCUAUAUAUGUUUAUGUACUGAUAUUAGUAACUACCUCUGAGUUAUAGAUAGUCAUACAUGAUAAUCAGAUGACUUUUUUUGUAUUUUAUUUCCUAUAAGAUUAACUGUAGAGAGUGGUAUUGUACCAGGCCUGCGUGCUUGAUAUCAGGGUCCCAGCUCCCCUGGUGUCUGUGCGGGUUUGAGAGAUUUGAUGACAAUAAUCUGUAUUUUUUUUCUGUUUACAACAAAAGCCUACCUCAUUUUUCUGUUCCGCUGUGUCCCAAUUCACCAGGCCCCCAGGGGCUCGUUGGUUCAGCCCAAUGUGUUUAUCAUGAGUGGAGUCUCCUUUCAAACUGUCGUUUCCCCUGACAACAACGGCCGUCAUCCUGUUGUUGUUUAACACUGAUGCCUGUUGUCAUGGCUACUCACUGAGGAGGAGGGGGAGGGGAGGGGAGGGGGGCCUCCGGUCAUCCGGGGCCACAGUCCAAUGACGCUGUAAGAUGUUUUAGACGAUCGGCAGUCUCUGUAAACACCAAGACUUGGAUUUAGUGGACUGCACCAGACCUAAUCACAUCCAGGAAGGGCUCAGUGUGGUUUAAAAAAAAGCAGGGAAUGUACUUUUCCCCAGAGCUCUCCUUUUCAAGACAGUCAGUCAGUUUUUGUUUUUUAUCGAAUAACUGUAAUGGGACCAGAAACAUUUGUGUCUUUAAAGUGCCCUUCAGGCUUUCAAUAAAUACCAUUGUAAUUCUCCUUGGUGUGGGACUUAUAAGUGGAAAGUGUGCACCCUUAGGGGUCAGAGUCUUCCGGCAAACUGGCACAGUGAAAGGGUACCUGAACUUUUUUGUUUCUGUGGUUGUUAUGCUCCUUCAGCCAUUCGGAGCUGAUGGAGCCUGGUUCCUACCAGACCAGCUCCAGACCACUGUCUCCAACAGUGGUAACCAACCCCAUUCCUGGAGCUCUACCAUCCUGUAGGUUUUCAUUUCAACCCUUGUUUGACACACCUGACUCAACCGAGUAGCACAUAAAGAUUUCUAGCUGAUGAAUCAGGUGUUUUGUUAUGGUUGGAGUGAAAACCUACAGGACUGUAGGUCUUCUGGAACAGGAAUAGUUAGCACUGAUCUGGAACCACACUCUGACCUCAAUGGCCAUGCUCGUGUCUCAUGAUGCCUGGUCCUGUUACAGUUGUAGGCAGGUCCUGUGGUUUCCGUUAACACAUGAGCAGGGCAGUCGGAUUGAAACCCCAGCACUGAGCAGCAUGCAGAACCCCUGUCCCUGAUUGGGUCCAGCCAGUCGGCACCAAGACCACUUCUAGCAAGAUUUUGCUCACCAGCUUUUCAGCUGUGAGUGAAACCUCUUGCUCCUUAAUUAAGGAGAGCCAUCCCUGCCCUGUUUAAAAUGAAGUAUUGAUGACCACACGGCCAAGAAAGAGACUUGUGAUCUACAUAUGAGUUUAAGGAGGGCUUAGCUUGACUGUCUUGACUUUGAAGAGUAUUUAAGAUUUCCAUUGAAGUGUCAGCCAACUCUACCCCCCACCCCUGACCAGUAGGUUUAGAUUUAGAUUUAGAUUCUGCCCAACCCAAAACAUAGCAAUGGUUAUUGUUUUAAAGCUGAUUUACAGGCAAGUGCAACUGAUUUUGUUUUAUUAGUGCAUGCUUAAUCAGCACUGGCAUCUCUGUUCAGAAUUUUACAAAUGACGGUUGAUUGAGUGAUCUUGGUCAACCACUGAUAACCUGUGGUUAAAUGGUUGCAUCAACCAAAUUUCUCCUGUCUGAUAGGAACGUGAGGCUCAUACAAUCAACCACGACUGACCUAUUGUGGGAGGAGCAUGUCAUUAACCAGUGAAAUACAUAAUGGCCUCUGCCCCAAUUAGAUGCAAAGUAUGCAUUUUGCUAAUGGUCAGGUUUACAGGAGGGUCUCACGUGCUGCUGCAUGCUGUUUAUUCAGAUUCACCAGGCAAAAUGGUUCUGAUAGACUACGCACAACCAUGCCUGUGUCCUUUCUUUGCAUUGCCAGCAAAUGCAACCAUGCUUAUGGGAUACUUUGUGGUCCAACCUGUGUUGAAACUGUACCUUGAAAAUGUAGCUCUGUGCAUGGAGCUGUGAUGCUGUGGGGGUCUGAGCAUUAGACGCUGCCCUCUGAUUGCUCCCCCCCCCCCCCCCCCCUCCUCCAGAUAUUCUGUCAGUGGGCCCCUCUUGAAGAAGGUCACUUUGACUUUACAAGCAGCACAAAAUAUCCUGGCUAGUUAAGAUACCAGUAUUUAAUGAUGACACUUGUUCUUGAGGCAUUAUUUAGUAAGGUUAUUUCUAUUAAUAUUCAAAUGGCAUAUACAUGAGAAAAUGUGUUCAUUAAACUUUAUUUUUUAUUUUGUGGAGACAGAUGGCUGAAUUAUUAAACGGCAAAAUUCCUCAUGUGGGAACACGCGUACUUCUAUCACUUGUUUACAUGAAAAACAACGAACAAACUACUCUCCAGUGAAUUAAUAUCUUUAUUUACAUUUCUUUAAAUUAAUAUAACUACUGAUUUUUUUCUUUCCUUUAUUUGACAGAGGAACGCAGGGAUACAGACUGAAUCAAACCACCACUAGACAUUUGUACGAAUGUAAAAUAAGAGAAGGCCGCAAUAUCGCCAGGGCUACCUCAUGGUUAUACCUGUUUAUUUUGAUUUUUGUGUGUAAAUGUGAACAGCUUGAAAACCACCACUAAUGUCGCACGGCGCACCCUGUGCACUUACUGUGGUUGAGAAUCAAACCCUGAGUCUGCGCCCGUUAAAAAAAACACCGGGCCUUUCCCGUGUCUGAACGUACCUUGUUAGUCGCGUGAGCUGUUACAUGUCCUGUCUCAAGCGUUCAGAAACUGUCAUGUGAUGUAUGUUUGGGACCAAUGUGACGUUGGGGAUCAGUGAAUUCUGCCUCGACCCCACGUUGGAAUUAAGCACUGAUUGCUUUUUUAGAAGAAAAAAAAAAUUUAUUUGCAUAUCACAUAUUUUAUAACCUCAAUGUAAGUGUAUGGCCUUUUUUGUUUCUGUGAAUCAUGGAUUUUAUGAGGUCUUAAGAAGUUUUACUUGAUUGAAAUUAAACCUAUUAUAUUGGCAGUAACUCAGUGUCUGAAUAGUUUUAUGUCCUGCAAGAAUUUGUCCAGUCUAUAACAACAGUUCUAUUGCAUUAAAAGUAUAGUUCACUUAUUUAAAAUAAAAUGGAAAUAAAAUUUUUUUUUGAUUCAUAAAAAGAAAACCAAUCUGCAAUGAAGGAUAUGUUAAAUGCCUAAGUCUGACAAACUGCUGGCUGUACAACAGCUAGUAUAGGAGCAUCAAUGAGUUGCUUAAAACAAUAAAAACACUUCAAGCCACUCCAGUCAAAAAAAAAAAAAAAACUAGAACUGAAAUAUUUUUGAAACAGAAAGUGAACUAUCCCUUUAACAACCAGUGAGCCAAUUGGAGCUCUGUCAGGCACACAACCAGUACGAUUGUUUUGCCAGACUUCAGAAAUUGGUGGCCAUGACUCAUAAGUGGUCACAUCAUUACUAACAGCCCCAGCGAUAAGCUUACCCAUAAAUACUUAUCAGUGAUGAAACAUUCAUUAUCUUAGAACACACUUUCAAGAUACAAUAAUUUGUAGUAAAUAAAUGGCUUGCUUAGACUGCAGACCUGGAUCAAAUACUUUUCUACGCUUUAUUGAUCUUGUCUGGUGCAUUAGAACCAAUGAAAUACUCUCAAAAGUGCAAACCCCACCUUUUGGUCAUAUUGGCAGGCUCAAUUACACCAGGCAUGAUCAAUAGAGCACAGAAAAGUAUUUGAAUCCAAAACAAAUACGUAUUUGAACCAGGUCUGUUGUACUGCGAUUAAUGGGAACAGUCUUGCAAUAAAAUGACACUGAAUUAAUAACAAGAUUAAUUUCCAUUCGAUUUAUUUUCAAAUUUCUUUCACUGUAUGCACACGAGUGUUUUAACAACAAUCAACCAUAGUGAAAAAGCAAUUCCAAACGUGAAUAGUCUAAAUCCUUGAGAAAAACACUUUCUCUGGCAUCAAAAACAAGCUUACCUUUAAACUGCCAUGUUUAAAGGCACCAUUCAACAAAUAAAAAAAUAAAACAAGCCAAUGGAAAGCAGGUGUAGGCUACUAUUCAAACAUCAACUUAAAAAAAAUAUAAAAAUGUGCAUGAUGUGUAACUCCAUAGACAAAGGCUACUUCUGCCACAUGUGGUCUUUCUAGGAGCUAGAACCCAGAGAGACUAGACCCUCCAGUCUACCUUGCAGGCGAGAAACCGGACCUCCACGCCCAAGGGCUUUGGAUCAGAUGACCCAGCUGAUGGUAGGGUCAAGGCUCAUGUGUUCCUGACAUGGUGUAUGAAUUGGUAAGUUGUUUUGUCUGAAAACUGCCAAAUAAAUAGUAAAGUAUUAGUCAGUGGAAACAAAAUACCUUGUCUUACACUGCGCGCAACCAUUUGAAACCAACAGCAACCAAAACUAUUUUCAAGGUGAGACACCAAGACCAGAACUGAGGAUCACCAGUGGCCAGGUCAUCUGUAGAAAGGGUCUAAUUCAGUUCAUUCAUUACACUUCCAGUAGUGUGCAAUUUAUUCAAGUUUACAAUGUUUAUUCACAAUUUUUGUGACUCUCCAUUUUGCAAACACUGUAAACUUACUUAAAUGUGCACUAAUGGAAACAGAAAAUUAUGACUGAACUGAAGUAAACUUUACCAUGAUCUUUAUUUUAUUAUGCAUAAUUCAAGUGUUUGUGAAAUGAAAAAUAACUGUAUUAAAUGAGACUAAUGCAAAAAGGUAAACUUGAUUCAAAACUUACCCAGUGUGUUGUCUGCAUUAAAAAACAGACUGAUUAAUUCAGUCAUCAGCAGCUGCAAGAUGUAGGGCUUGCUCAAAUCAUGCAGUUCCACUUUCCCCCAAUAAAGAUAUUUGGAAACUUUAGACAGA